GCCUUUUCGAGGUCUGAGACACACCCUUUGGUAUUUAUGUUCCACACCCAGUCCACACUACAUAGCCGGGACUCUUUCUGUAUCAUCUCAGCGUUGUCAAGUUGGUCAAAAUGGCGAUGGUAUCCGAGUUUCUGGGCCAACUCUCACUUAAUGUUGGGGCCAGUGAACCCACCUACCCCACUGUCCUACCUGCCAAGGACUUUGACCCGAAUACAGAUGCUGCCAGAAUAGAGACUGCUAUCAAAACGAAGGGAGUAGACGAGCAGACCAUCAUUGACAUUCUUACCAAGAGGACCUACUCCCAGAGACGAGAGAUUGCCUUUGCUUAUGAGAGGAGAGCCAAGAAGGACAUGAUCACAGCUCUGAAGGGUGCACUGUCUGGCCCUCUGGAAACACUCAUUCUGGGACUGAUGAAGAGCACAGCCCAGUAUGACGCCUCAGAGAUCAGAGGCUCCAUCAAGGGCCUAGGAACAGAUGAAGAGACCCUGAUUGAGAUUGUGUGCUCACGCAGCAAUGCUGAGCUGGUGGAGAUCAAGAGCGUCUACAAGGAAUUGUUUAAGAAGGAGCUGGAGAAGGAUGUGGCAGGGGACACCUCAGGGAACUUUGCUAAGCUGCUCUUAGCGCUGGUGCAGGCGAAAAGGGCAGACCCAUCCAGUAUUGUAGACUAUGAGAAGAUUGACGAGGAUGCCAGAGCUCUGUAUGACGCCGGGGUAAAGAUAAAAGGAACCGAUGUGGGUACCUGGAUCUCCAUUAUGACUGAGAGGUCCGUUCCCCACCUGCAGAAAGUCUUCGAGAGGUACAAGAACUACAGCCCCUACGAUAUGCAGGAGAGCAUUCGCAAGGAAGUCAAAGGAGACCUGGAGAAGUCCUUCCUCACACUUGUCCAGUGCUUUGAAAAUAAGCAGCUCUAUUUCGCCAACAGACUCAGUGAAGCCAUGAAGAGUAAGGGCGCUAAGGAAAAGGUCGUGACCAGAAUCUUUGUGUCACGCUGUGAGGUGGACCUCAUGAAGAUCCGUACAGAAUUCAAGGCCCACCACGGCCAGUCUCUUUACAAGACCGUCGGUGAGCACACCAAGGGAGACUUCCAGAGGGCUCUGCUGAGCCUGUGUGGGGGAGAUGACUAAAGAUAUAAAGAAAUGAAUUUAUCCUCGCUCACUUUGCAUGCGCAGGAGGGUAUGUGUGUGUGUGUGAGAGACAGGAUGGGUAUUGGACCACAGAUUACACACAAUGGCAACAAGCUUAGGGCCAAGACUUCACAUUUUUGCUCCCCCCCCCCCCAAAUAUGACAUUACAGCGUUGAUAUUUUACAUUCCGGGAGAUCAUCUUAGAUUCUCAGCACCAACACACUCACAUUUGCACGUCUGGGUAACUGGCGAUGAAGUAACUUUGAUGAAGUGUUGCCCACAUUUUUUAUCUUGACCCAUUUACAUGGAGGCUUACUGUUAGCUACAAUUCGCCCAAGUAUCCAGUAGAGGGCGCCAGAGCAGUACGGUAGACCAAUACGCAGAUCUCCCACUCCUCUCAUUCAUGGCCUCAGACUGAUGCCUGGUAGAGAACUGCUUUGACGUCCUCUUCAUUUUUAAAACCAAAUUUUUUUGUAAUAAAACGAAAUAUCCGAUUGUGAAUCCCACGUUUUCAUCUCAGCAUCGUUUGAGUUCCUGUCUGUUAGCGCAGUGUGGACCGUCACUAAGCACAGGUCACAUCCACAUGUCAUUCACAUAAACUACAGAAAGGUGAUGGGAGGAUACAGAAAGGUGCAAGUUUAAGAUUUGGGCCACCUUCCAUAGCUUCUUGUAAUUGCAAAGCUGCACCUUCCCCAUCUGGCAUCUUGGGAGAAUUUGGACUUUUCACAGUCAGUCGACGACAAACCCACGACACACACACAACGCGCGUUCGUGCAGAGGAUUCAUGAGACAUCUUCGUCGAUUUCCAGUAAGAUGGUUGCUUCAAGAUGAUUUAAUCAUUAGUGUGUUUUUCUGUGUUUGUUUGGCGCUAAUAUUUUAAUUAAAAAUGUUAAUUU